CCGGUGCGUGCGCAGCGGCGUCACGUGCGCGCGGCGUCUCGGCGGCGGCGGCGGCGAGCGGAGUCCGGCGGCACCAUGGCGGUGCCGGGCGGAGGUGCGAAGGAGGACUCGUUCAACGUGCUGGACCUGGCAGAGUACACCAAGAACCGGCCCUGGUGGCGCAAGAUCUUCGCCCCCAGCUCAGGGUCGAGCGCUGAGAAGUACAACGUGGCCACGCAGCUGGUGAUCGGAGGGGUCACGGGAUGGUGUACUGGGUUCAUCUUCCAAAAAGUUGGAAAGCUGGCAGCAACAGCAGUGGGAGGUGGCUUUUUCCUGCUUCAGAUUGCAAACCACACAGGGUACAUCAAAGUGGACUGGAAGCUCGUGGAGCGGGACGUCAACAAAGCCAAGCAGCAGCUGAAAUUUCACAGCAGCAGUAACAAAAUGUCUCCAGAAGUGAAAAGCAGAGUGGAUGAGGUGAUCAUAUUUCUGAAGAAGAAUGUUAUCCUGACUGGAGGAUUUGCUGGAGGAUUCAUGCUUGGAAUGGCAUCCUAGAAACUGCACUCAACUUUCAUGCCCAGCCUCCCCUGCCCUCCUCCUCUACCGCUCUUCUUUCUCACUUAGAAGUAAAAGGGUGUCUCUGACAGGCUCAGUCCCUUCUGCUCACAGGUUCCAGCCCUUUUUUUCUUUACAACACUGCUUCUGAUUUCCAGUGUUUUGCUCUGUCUGAGCUGUUAGAGUGCUGGGAUCCACCUGGAAUCUUAUUACUCCCAGUGUAUUGUUGUGAUUCUGUUCCCCACCAAAUAUGGGAAGUUGCAGCCUCAUAAACAUGCAGUGGCAGAGAAAUCUCUUCAAUGUGCUCUUUCCACGUGCUCAAGGCUUUUACAUGGACAUUUGUCUGCUGUCCUAUGGUGUACAGCUGGCAGCUGCUCACUGCUAUUUAGCUUGCAUUUUUUCUGCCCCCUCUCCAGAGAGAUGCUGUGUGCAAUACAAAAUGUGCUUGGCUGUCCUGGAGUGGAUGCAAAAGUGUCAGAGAACAGCCUGACUUGUGUCCAGAGCAGGCAGAUAAAGAGCAACUUCAUCCUAUAUGUGGUGCUGGGGGUUCUCCUGCCCUUCCCCUGCCAUUGCUCUGCACAUAGAUGGUUGUUUGGCUUCUCCUCUGCUGUUAUUUAUACUCCUUACUGGAACUGCAGCACUGCUAGUGGAAACUGAGCACCAUGAGUGACACUUCAGGCUCUUUCCUCAUCAUGUGUUCUGAAAGUUGCCAAGCUUCUUGCACUGUAGAGCACCUUGCUUGCUAGCUGACUGCCCAGCCUUUCCAAGUGUGCUGAGGUGCUCUUUUGGUGGGCAGCCUUCCAGCACACGUUGUUAGCUGGCACAAGCCAUGUGUGCUUCAGCUCUGCCACUUACUGUAAACCACCCUGGGCCUCAGACUGGUGUUUCUAGGUCUACUGUGACCUCCUCUGGCCAGUUUGGUGUUGGUGAUGCUCUAGAGCUGUAACUAUGUGGGACAGGGUUGUAAUCAGGAAAUGCAUCCCUCUUUAGGGUACACUGUACUGGUCUAGAAUCUCCCUUGCCAGCUCCACUGGAGCAGCAGUAGGGGAGGGCAUGAAACCUGGCGUGCUGUCCUUUACUCUCUUGCAGGUGGUAAGGCAGCCCAGAUGGGUUUGGACAGUGCAGCUGUGUGCAGAGCAGAACUGUAAACCCACCAGGGCAGAUGACAAACAGAUCCCUUAGAGGUGUUGUGUGCUGGCUGUGCUGUGCUGGCAUUACAGCUUUCCAGGGUGUGGGCACUUGCAUGAUGGCAUGAGGAUGUCCUCCAGCAGCUACAUGCAGGAGCUUUACCGAGAAUGGGGCUUUUUUUUUGUGUAAAAGCUCAUCCUUCAGUGGGAAAUGUGCUAGGGAAUGAUGGUGGGUGAAAGGGAUGCAUCACUGGCUCAGUGGCUGCACCCCAUCUUCAGAGCUGUGUAAUGCUUUCUGAUCUGCUGCUGCUGUCGGUAUGGCUAGGGACAGGAAACUUCACCCAGGAGCUGCAGGAAGAGCUGGGUCUGGAGGUUAUUCCACCAGAGGUUGAGUUGUGAUUUCAGUUGUGUUGGUUGAAGUGUCAGUGUGGCAACACAUUGACUUAUCAGAGGUUUUUUCACCUUCAGGAUUUGAAAAGAGGCUGCAGUUAGUUAUGAAACAGAAAUUGACUAUCUUUGCUCCUGCCCUUCUGUACAUGGAGCAGCUGAGCUCACGGUCCUUGUAACAAUGAUCUUCCUAAAAGCCACCCAGGACUGCAGGAGUGAUAUGUUGCAGCAAAUAGGUCAUAGUUAAACGAGUAUUUGGGAGUGGAGUGACAGAUGGUGGUGGUGAUUUUGUUGGGUUUGUGGGUUUUGGUUUGGAACCUCGCAGGGCAUGAAUUGAUGCAUUUGUAUUGCAGGGUAUUUCAUGUUCCUGUAGGAAAACAGCACUGCUGCCCCUCUGCCUGGUGUGCUGCCUAACACAACUUCUGAGAUGCACUAAUCCCUACAAAGCCUUCUCCAGCGCCAAAGCUCAAAGAAAAGUCGUUAACAGACCCUAGGGAUGGUUUUUUUUUCAGGUUCAAAUGAAUCAUUUUUUCUGCCCAGCCCCAGGGAAAUGAGUACUGGGUUCUGCUCCUCGGGGUCCCCGACUUGCUGCUAUGGAGAGGAAUGGCCCAGAGAGGGAGCUAAGACGCCUUAAAUUGCUGCUGGAAAGGGAAACAAAUGACAAAUUCAUGUUGAGUUUGAAGGGACUGCAGGCAGGAAAUGGACAUCAGGAUCUGGCAGAUCUUUCUGCUCUCCGAGUGUCAGGCUCGUGGCUGGCACCAGUUGGUGCUGUGGGCCCACACUGGAAGCUUGGAUGCUGAAUCCACUUCUGUGGGGGAUGCAUUUUCUUUGCUGCAGGUGCCAAGAUGAGAUGCUCCCCCCACCUUUCCCCACCCCUGCUCUAUUUGGUCAUGUUUCAACAACUUCUGGCAUCUGUUGCAGUCUGAAGAGGUGUAAAGCACACAAGGCUUUUAAAGUGUUUUUUAUAUAGUGUGUAAAUGCUUGUUGAAGUGGUAUUUUAUUAAACAAAUUUGCUCUAAUA